AAAGCAUUUGAGCCCUGAAUCUGAAAGGGCAGCCAUCAAUCUUGUCCUCAACUCUCACUGGAUGUGUGACCUUGGCUCCUAGCUUCUCUGUCCCUCAGAAAGCUUGUGUCAAGUGAGGAACUAAAGCAAAAGGGAGACAACAGCUAGAAAAUGCUUUGUAAGCCAUAAGAACAAGCCUGAGCCCCUUCCUGAAAGAGUCGUAAGUGUAUGGUGUCAGCCACCAGAGGGAAUGUUUGGGCAUCAGGGUAGUACAUUAGCCGGAGAUGAUGGAGUGUUUCAGACUGAGGCGUGAGUGGCUAACUGUGGCCUCAGGACCAGGAUAAGUAAAACAAGUCAGGACAGGCUGUCAGAGACAAGAGUGCCAUGGAGGCUGACCCUGCUGUGGACCCAAGGUUCACAAGACUCUGGUAAGAGGGGAGGCAGGCCAGGCUCCUUAGGAACACCUCAGGGAGGCAUGACUGCCCCAUGAGAAUAUAAGCUGUCACAGUGCUAUCCACAGAGGCUUGCAGGAAACUCUGAAGGUUAAGGGACUUGGAAGUCACCAACCCGACCUAGUACCCCUAUAUAUACUUCCCGUGUGCCAUUCAGAAUGAAUGCAUCUUGAAAUUUUCACUUCCUCAUCCCACUGCCCAGCUGCGGCUUCCCCAGCUGAUGGAAGAAUACUGUUGCUGCCCAUCCUGGCCCUGCUCUCUGGAAAUUUCCUCUGGGAGGGGCUGAAGACCUCAGCCAGCUCCUCCCUGCUUCUGGCUCCCCCCACACCUCCCCUUGCCUGGCUCAGCAAGAGCCCCUCUGGGGACACUCAGCCUUUCUUGUGACUAGGGUAAAAUAUUACCUGACACUGUUAAUAUUUAAUGCCCCCCACCUCUGCCCUGGCUGCCCCACGGCAGACACUGUCCUCGUAGUCCCGUAGUAGAGGCCACAGGAAGACCUUGGAGAAGCCCCGAUGGCUGGGGAAAUGACAGAGCUGUCAGCUGACAAUGGUGGCAGUGCCAAGGGGACAGAGAACCCUUUCGAGUAUGACUAUGAAACCGUCCGCAAAGGAGGCCUGAUCUUCGCGGGCCUGGCCUUCGUCGUGGGGCUCCUCAUCCUCCUCAGCAAAAGAUUCCGCUGUGGGGGCAGUAAGAGGCAUAGGCCGGUCAAUGAAGAUGAACUGUGACAGAGAGCUGGCAGUGCCCACCUGUGCACGGACACCAGUGAUGCCCGUCUUCCCCAGCUGCACAUCAUGGACCCCACCACAGUCAGCACUGGGUGAAGGACGUGCCAGGCGUACUUGGUCCCCCUUCAUGGUCAUCCCCUCAUGCCUCUAAGAUCCUUAACUUCCCCUCCCCCUACCCAACUUCUCUAACACCCCACUUCCUGUUCCAAGUUGGGGUACAUGUGCAGCCUCGUCUCCCUGGUUUUCAAUGAAUUGCUCUACAAGUAUCUGCUGAAGAA